UAAAACUGAAUCAUUCAUUCACAACAGCAGACAUUCACAACAACAGCAUGAAUGGACCAGCAAAACUGAUCAUCUUUAUUGGCAUGUUUUUGGCAUGUUGCUGUGAAGAAAAAAGCCCUGAAUGUUGUUUAACUGGAACAACCUACUUUCAUAUUCAGGGUACUUUAAGCUGUAAAACAUACAGCUGGUGCAUCGAUGGCACGGUCAUUGCUAGUGAUCACAAUUUCGACCCUGCAGUUGUUCAGAGUCAUAAUAGUCGAAACAUCAAUUUUUACACCCACCCUAAAAAUGUCACAUACAUUUGCUAUGAGCUUAUGAUGACGAUCAACUGUUCCUACAGCUGUCUUGCACAGUCGAAUGCUAUAGAUGAAGUUCUUUCCAUGAAUAAAAGCUUGCCAACAACCACGGUGCAACCCAACCAGCCCAAUAAUCAUGCUGUUGUUAUUGGUUCUGUUCUUUCUAUUGCUUUUGUCAUUGCCAUUGUCAUUGGUCUCAUUGUUUUCUGCUUGUGCAAUAAAGACAGAAUUUCAAGAACCUUCAAUAAAAAACAUUCUGUGAGCAGCUACAGCUUGGCAAACACAGAGGAACCGAGUCAGGCAACCAGUAAAGUUAAUUGUAAUCCUGGUGUAAAAGGGGGAGAAGAUAAACCUGUGAUUGGCUGCUUUUAUGGUUUUACCCCAACCAGUAUCCAUCAGGGGGGAAGGGAAAAAAGAUGGACAGUUACUGAUUUGAGCAACGUGUCAGAAAUAAAAACCUUCCUUGAAGGAUUUAUUUGAUGUAGCUGGGUUGACAAAAACAUCUUGGCUCAUGGCGUAUGUUAUUUAACAGUUAAUU